AUGGAUAAAAUGGAUAUCCAUUCUCUAUUAAAUAACGAAGAGGCUCAUCAACAUAAUGGCCCAACGAGUCCAACACCAAGUACUUCAAGCGAAUGUACAGAUUCUGAACAGAUCGUGGAUAACGAUCGUCCAUAUGAAUGCAAUUGGCUGUCUUGUGGCAAGGCAUUUUCAAGACGCUCUGACCUUGCUCGUCACCGAAGGAUUCACACUGGGGAACGUCCAUAUCGAUGUGAAUGGGUCGGAUGUGGUAAGCAGUUUAUUCAACGUUCCGCAUUGACGGUUCAUUAUCGUACCCACACAGGAGAACGCCCUCACAUCUGUGAAUACAUUAACUGUGGCAAAUCAUUUAGUGAUUCAUCUUCUUUGGCUAGACAUAGAAGAACGCACACUGGAAAGAGACCUUAUGUGUGUCCUCAUUCUGGUUGCGGAAAAACAUUCACUCGUCGCACCACCCUAACGCGGCAUCAGAGACAGCAUGAUCCUCAUUGGAAGGAAUAUAAUACUGCCUUUGAACCACGUAAACAAGGUUCAACAGAUCAUUUAGCAAUUUCUUUGUCGACAUGUAAUCGGACUUAUACUGGACUUCCACCAAGUCCAUCAAGUCCACCUACACCUACUGAUUGUUCUAACGAUUGUUUUAAACAAAUCAAAAUGAUACCUGUCGAUCAUAAUCAGUCAUAUCAACAAGCUGGAUAUCCAACGAUGUUGAAUAAUAAUAUUCUUCCAGCGAUUAGCUGUUUAUAUUUGCCACAGCCUAUUGAUUCAACGAUGUUAACAUCUACUUCGCGCAUCACCGCUUUUAAGCCGGUGGUUAAAGAAAUAAAUGAUCCUUACAAAUAUGGAUAUCCAUCUCCCGUGGAAGCCCCUAAUGAUGUUUAUUAUACCGCCACAAUGCCUACUC